CAGCUCUUCUCUGAGAUCAUUGGCCUGAACGUUGCUCUUCUUCUUCUUCAACUCCGUUCCGAGAGGGCAAAACCGUAAAUUAGACUUCCGGCCAUGUCCACAACCUCAUCCCGAGCACGGCUAGCACUCAUAGCCCUCCUCUCCGCCACCACGUUCUACUGCUUCUACAAAUCGCGCCGCCUCAAGCAGCUCAAAAAGCUCACCCCAAACCCUAAACCUAGUCCUCCGCCUCGCAAAUCCAAGCUCCUCUUCAUUUCCCAAACCGGAACCUCCAAAGCCCUAGCUCGCCGUCUCCUCGAUCUCCUCGCCUCCAGCGGCCUCGACUUCGAGCUCGUGGACGCCGCCACCUACGAGCCGGAAGACCUCCCCAGGGAGACUCUAGUCCUCAUCGUCGCCUCCACCUGGGACGAUGGCCGGCCUCCGGCCGCCGCCAGAUUCUUCACCGACUGGCUCGCGGAGAGCUCCGAGGACUUCCGAGUGGGGUCCAUGCUGCUCUCGCAGUGCAGAUUCUCCGUGUUCGGCGUCGGGAGCCGAGCAUACGGCGCGUCGUUCAAUGCGGUGGGGAGGGAGGUGGCGAAGAGGAUGAGGUCCUUGGGCGCCGCCGAGAUACUGCCGCUUUGGGAAGGUGACGUGGAUGAUGGAGAUAUUGAUGAAGUGUUUGAGGCUUGGAGUGGUAAGCUGAUGAGGUUUCUCAGAGGCGGCGCGGCCGAAAACGGUGUCGCUUUGAGUAAUGCAGGUGAAGCUGAGUGGUCUGAUGUGUCUGAUGAUGAGGAGGAGGAGGAGGAUGUGGUUGAGUCUGGAGUUGUUGAUCUUGAGGACAUUGCAGGUAAAGCACCGUCGAGGGGGACGGUGGCGGUGGCUGAGAGCAAGACUAAUGGGACAGUGAAUGGUAAGAGAGAUAUGGUCACUCCGGUGAUUCGUGCCAGCUUACAGAAGCAGGGGUAUAAGAUUAUUGGUUCACAUAGCGGUGUCAAAAUUUGUAGAUGGACAAAGUCACAGCUUAGAGGCCGAGGUGGUUGUUACAAACACUCGUUUUAUGGCAUAGAAAGUCAUAGGUGCAUGGAGGCCACUCCUAGUUUGGCAUGCGCCAAUAAAUGCGUAUUCUGUUGGAGACAUCACACAAAUCCUGUUGGAAAGAGUUGGCAGUGGAAGAUGGACGAUCCAUUAGAGAUUGUGAAUACCGCCAUAGACCUGCACGGUAAAAUGAUUAAGCAAAUGAAAGGAGUUCCUGGAGUUACAUUGGAGCGAUUAACAGAGGGUCUCUCUCCCAGGCAUUGUGCCUUAUCACUUGUUGGUGAACCUAUUAUGUAUCCAGAGAUCAAUACACUAGUAGAUGAGCUGCAUCGUAGGCGAAUUUCUACAUUUCUAGUCACAAAUGCACAAUUUCCUGAAAAGAUUAGAAUGCUGAAACCUAUUACACAGCUAUAUGUAAGCGUGGAUGCCGCAACUAAAGAGAGUUUGAAGGCAAUUGACAGGCCACUUUUUGGAGAUUUUUGGGAGCGAUUCAUGGAUUCCUUGAAAGCUCUCAAGGAAAAACAGCAGCGAACUGUUUAUCGAUUAACUUUGGUGAAAGGGUGGAAUACAGAAGAAAUUGAGGCUUAUUAUAACAUAUUUAGCAUUGGUAACCCUGAUUUUGUUGAAAUCAAAGGAGUUACAUAUUGUGGAACGUCUGCUACUUCAAAGUUGACGAUGGAGAAUGUGCCCUGGCAUGCUGAUGUUAAAGCUUUUUCAGAGGCAUUGGCUUUGAGAAGUAACGGUGAGUAUGAGGUUGCGUGUGAGCAUGUGCACUCGUGUUGUGUCCUCCUGGCAAAAACUAAAAAGUUCAAGAUCAAUGGGCAGUGGUUCACAUGGAUAGACUAUGAAAAGUUUCAUGAUCUGGUGGCUUCUGGAAAACCAUUCGACAGUAAGGAUUACAUGGCUGCAACGCCUUCAUGGGCUGUUUAUGGGGCAGUGGAAGGUGGAUUUGAUCCCUAUCAAUCUCGAUAUAGGAAGGAACGACAUCACAGAUCAAACCAGUGACUGACCAGGUUAGAUAUGAAGCUAGGAAUCGUUUUGUUUGUAAUUCUACUUAUGUGAAACAGUUUUGCACUACAUAAUUACAGAUAUAGUUCUGAGUUUGUAUUCUAGCUAUCCCCUGUUUAUUUUUGGAAUAAGUUUACUCUGAUAAUUGAAUUCAUUGAUUGAUUAAACAGAGUACCAUCUAGUAUAGAGCUUAUUAUGUAUUUCCUGAGCGUAUUCCUCAUGUAGUAGUAACAAGGCUUUAACAGUAAGACGUUAUACCUUUGUGAUGAGGCUUUAACAACAAGAUAAACAGACGACCUUUGUGAAUCUAUGAGAGGACAAAUGAGGACCAAUUCUUGUUUGAUAGUUUUGUGUUAGAGCUGAGAGUGAUUCCUUUUCAUUGGUAGCGUAAAAGGAACAUGUGUAUAGUCUGUCAUCAUACACUGGUCUGCUA